AAUAGUUGGAUAGCCGUCGCGUUGGAUUACUACGUUUGCGGCUGCCGUCUGUUUGUUCUGUUCAGGCGUUUUCUCCGCUGCAUGGACAAAAAAAUUAACAGGGCAAAACUGCAGGUUGGAGCACACCGCCUGGAGACGUCUGUGAUCUGUGCAUACAAAGCCCACAAUAGCGUUCUCGCUGUCAGGACUACUGUGUUUUGUUGAUGUCAUCCGCAGCAGUGCUGGGACGACUGUCAGUUUUCUAAGGAGUAUUAGGAUAAACAGAGAGUCAAUUUUGGGGAGGGGGUGGGUGUCAGCGGGACACGUUACGAGAAUGGGACUUGUGGUGCAUCACUGUAUGCUGCUUUUUCUGUGCAGUUUCACUGUUGGUUUUGAUUUUCAGUCGGGACUACAAAAUGGGCAUUUAGCUUUUAUGAAAAAUCCCCAAAUCGGGAGAGGUGGGAAAAUCGAAAAGAGGUCUCUCCCCGGAUGGCUCUCUCCGUCAAAGCACAAGAUAGACAGAAGAAGCGCUGACCAAGGGGACACCUGUAAAGCUCUUCAAGGAUAUGACACCAAAUUGGCUGACAACACCCACAGCUAUGCCUUCAACGAUCUGAGUGGAUCAGUGUCACUGGCCUGGGUAGGAGAUGGCACAGGGGUUAUCCUGGCUUUGACGACCUUUCAGGUGCCAUUCUUCAUGUUGAGGUUUGGACAGUCCAAACUCUACCGGAGUGAGAACUAUGGAAAGUCAUUCCAGGAUGUGACCGACCUGAUCAACAACACCUUCAUCAGAACAGAAUUCGGAAUUGCUAUCAGUCCUGAGAACUCCGGGAAAGUGAUUCUUACUGGAGACAUGUCUGGAGGGCUUGGAUCUCGGAUUUUCACCUCCAAUAGCUUUGGAAACAGUUUCACACACCAUGACUUGCCGUUCACACCACUGAUGCAGAUUACAUACAACCCUCAAAAUGCCACUGUACUAUUGGUCAUCAGCACUAAUAAUGAACUAUGGCUUUCUGAAGACUUUGGUGCAAUCUGGAGGAAGAUCCAUGAUAUGGUGUGUCUGUUCAAAUGGGGAGCGAAGAACACCAUAUUCUUCACUACCAACCUUAAUGGAUCCUGCAGUGACCGAGGGAUGUUGGAUCUGAGAAGAACAACAGACUAUGGGAAAACCAUCAAGACAGUGGCCAGUAAAAUCUUCUCCUUCGGCCUGGGUGGACGUUUCCUCUUUGCCUCUGUAAUGACAGGAAAGGGGACUCUGAGGAUGAUCCAUGUGUCAGUGGACCAGGGUGAUGUGUGGAACAUGGCCCAGCUGCCCCCUGUUGGCCAUGAGCAGUUCUACUCUAUAUUGGCGGCCAACGACGAAAUGGUUUUCAUGCAUGUAGACGAACCUGGGGAUACAGCAUUUGGCACCAUUUACGUAUCGGACGACCGGGGCACUGUGUACUCCAAGUCUCUUGAGCGCCAUCUUUAUACCACCACAGGGGGUGACACCGACUUUACUAAUGUCACCUCCCUUCGAGGCGUCUUUAUCACCAGUGUCCUGGCAAAAGAUGGCUCGGUGCAGUCUGUGGUGUCCUUUGACCAGGGAGGGGAGUGGUUGCCCCUGCAGAAACCUGCCAACAGCAAAUGUGAUGCUACAGCCAAAGACCCAGACAAGUGCAGUCUCCACAUCCAUGCAGCCUACAGCAUCACUAUGAGACUGAACGUCCCAAUGCUGCCUCUGACUGAGCCCAAUGCUGUAGGCCUCAUUGUAGCUCAUGGGAGUGUUGGUGAUGCCAUCUCAGUGAUGAAGCCUGAUGUGUAUGUAUCUGAUGACGGGGGUUACACAUGGCUGAAGGCUCUCAAGGGGCCCCAUCACUAUGCCAUACUGGACUCUGGAGGUCUGCUGGUGGCUGUGGAGCACAGCACCACCCAACCCAUCAACCAGAUCAAGUUUUCCACCGAUGAGGGCCAAUGCUGGGCUGUAUACAAUUUCACCAAAGAGCCCAUCCACUUCACAGGGUUGGCAUCAGAGCCAGGGGCCCGCUCCAUGAAUGUCAGUAUCUGGGGCUACCGAGACUCGAUCAUCAGCCAGUACUGGGUCUCUGUCACCAUUGACUUUAGGGAGCUCCUGACCAGAGACUGUGAGGACAAGGACUAUGUGCAGUGGUUGGCUCACUCUGAUGACAUAAGCGACCCUAAUGAUGGCUGCAUGCUUGGCUACAAAGAGAAGUUUCUGCGCCUAAGGAAGGACUCUGUUUGCUGGAAUGGACGAGAUUACAAUGUUAACACCGAGCCAACUCCCUGCCCAUGCACCCUGGAUGACUUCCUGUGUGACUUUGGAUACUACCGUAAGGAGAACAGCUCGGAGUGCGUGGAGCAGCCUGACCUGAAAGGCCAGGUUCUUGAGUUCUGUCUGCAUGGCAAAGAGGAGCAGCUUCAGACUAAUGGCUACAGGAAAAUCCCAGGGGAUAAAUGUGAGGGAGGACAGAUGCCUGUCCGUAAAGAAAUAGACCUCAGUAAGAGAUGUGUCAGUGACCUCCUGGGCCCUGAACUACUGAAAGAGAGUCAUUCCUCCAAGUCUGUGCCUAUUGUGGUUACAAUCAUCAUCAUCAUGCUUGCCAGCACCAUAGCAGGGGUCUUCUUUGUCAAGAAAUAUGUCUGUGGGGGCAGGUUCCUGGUCCACAGGUACUCUGUACUGCAGCAGCACGCUGAGGCCAAUGGCAUUGAGGGGGUGGACGACCCACUGGAGUCCAACCAUACUCAGAAUGGCAAGAGAGAGUUUCAUGAUGACUCAGAUGAGGACCUCCUUGAAUAGCUGGCACAAAAAUUGAACAAUGGAGCAACAGGUUUCCAGUCCACCCUGUGGCUGACUGCUGUCGUGUCACUCUUUCGUCUCCAGCGACUUCCUCCUCUCACCUUUUAGCGUGACUUUUGGCCUCCUCUAAUAGAAAAAGGGUCUCUGUCACUCGCUGUCAUUCAUGAAGCAUCCAGUGAAAGUACCAAGGCUUCAUGGGACUAAUGCCACAGCUGAGGAGAACUAAAUGGGAGGGCUCUUUUAGUGUUGUGCUUCAACCAUUGAUUCUGUUGAUUGAGUUUCAGUUUCCAGAUUCUUUUUCUUGGGAACAGAGGAAUGAUGCAUUGACUUGGACUAUUGACCAAACCUGAGCAAUAGAGCGCUGCUUAAAAAAAAAAUUGCUGGUUAUAUUAAUACACUAAUACACCACCAUUGCAUUACAGGCUCUGCCUUCCCAUCACCUGGGUGUGCUCUUGGGAAUACUUCCCACCAUUGUUGAAGAUCUGUGUCCUUCUUCCCUCUACUCAUGCACUUGUACAUAUAUAUUUUUUCUUCUUUGCAGUUGAUGGGAUUUCAUUGAUCGGAUUUUGUCAAGGUAUGUGCUCAUCGGGUCACUUGUUUGCUGUGGCUUGGCUAAUAACUGUCCUUAGCCGCUUGAGUUUUAAUAUUUAUUUUCAUUUUCAUUUGCCAAAGUGAUGAAAAUGCAAGUGGAAACUGAAAUUUGCAUUAGGUUUGACAGCAAUAACCUGUUGAGACACAUUUUUAUCGGCACACGUUCAUUGCCAUAAUCUUUCUAAUGUCUCCGAUCAGUAAAAGUAGCUAUGUGACGAAAUGCGUGAUCCAGGCUUGGCACUCAAAUCAUGUGUGUCGACGUGUAUAGAAGACAGUAAAUUGUCUCUUAAAACUGAAUAUAGUUUUUUAAAAAAAAAUCAAUGUUAGCAUUUCUGUAUAAAGCACAGUUGUUUGUAGUUUCACAUUUCCCAAAUAUAAUCUCGCUCAUGAUUAAUGUGAUAAGACUGUAAUAAUUAUUGAAUUUUCUUUUUUCAUGUACAAGUCGUGUUUGUAGUUGCUUGUGCAGUUUUGUACUAGUAAGUUUUCUUAGUAAUCGAUGGCAAUUCAGUGGCAAUGACUUGUCAUGUGGUCAGAAGGGUACCUAUAUUACACAUCUACAAAAAUCCUCCAUUUUUAAUAGUUAAUGUCAGAAGCUAUUUUUUAAACAGAUUGAUAUUUGAUUUAAGCAAUCUACGACGUUAAUUAGCUUGUCAGACAGAAGCAUAAGCUGUGAGCAAUGUGAUUAUAUUUGUGUAGUUUAGUAUGAUUGAAGGAUGCUAAUUUAUUCAUGGAGCUGACUAACACAUCUGGCUGCGUAAGCUCCAGAUAUUGUCCUGCACUGAGGCUGAGGGAGAGGAAAUUCUCUAGAAUACAUGGCUAUUGAAGGUUUCCAACUAAGGUGGGCCAUUCUACAUUUUUCCCUGAGAUUAUUCAAAGGUACUAUUUUAAAAUAACUGGCUACUGCCUCCCAACAGAUGUUUUUUUUUUCUGACGUCAACAGGGUUUUUGCUCGUUAAAACAUUUGUUGCACAAUUGUUUGUCUUGUUUGUUGCAUUGCUUUCAUACAGAUUUUAUUUAUGCGUGAAAUAACGGCUUCAGACUGCAGUAAAUGUGAUAUGGUUGAGAUGCGGUUAUACAAGUGCCUGGUAUGGGGAUACAAUGGAAGCUCCCCUGGAGUGUGGCCAGCAUGAACUUAUAAUUAUUUCCAUCUACUAUUGUGUAACCAGUUACACCCGAUAUGUCCACCACAUCCCUUAGCUCGUUUGUAACUUCAGUUCAUCAAUCCUCUCAUACAAUAUGCCAUUAGGGUUGAUUGCAUGGAUAUUUAUAAUAACACUAAGUUUAAUCAAAUUGUUUCUUAAAGGAUUUCAAAUAAGUCAUUCUAAAAAUAGGCUUUGGUAACUCAAAGUUUCAUGUCUCAUCAAAAGAUCUCAUUCUUAUAUAGUCCGUUUGAAUUGAAGUUAAACCUCAACAGGUAAAGAGUGGAUAUGGGAAUAUGUAGCUGCUGUAUGCUGAAAGAGACACUUGCUGGGUUCUUGUUUAAUAGAUGAAGUAGAAGUGAUUCUCUUUUCUUACAUUUUAAGAUGCUGAAUAAAUUAAUAAAUCAUUGUGAUGGAUCUGUAAAUAUAUAACGUUACAUCUUUGUAUCUGCUGUUUCUUUCUGUACUGUAUAUUUAAGACAAUUUACUUGGGAGUUGACCAAUAAAUUAACAUGUUCCUCUAUUUCAUUCUUUCUUGUCUUGUUUCUGGCACAGAAAUGUGAAAAAUUAGACAUGUAAAAGGACGGAGCCAAAAUUAACACUUGUAAAUAUAUUUUAGAGUUCUUGUCAGAUAAUUUUUAAAUCUUAAGAUGAUUCCGCUGCUGACCUCACUAAGUUGCUCUGAGUAAAAGUGUUGACUAAGAUGAAAACAUGCUUGGAGGGCCAAAUUAUGAGGCAAAGUUGUUACUGCCCUGAUAUGUACAACAUGAAAUGCCAUGCAAACAACUAUAUAUAUCCUGAACUGGUACAAACUUGACUGAGUCAGUUUAAUUGCAUUCCAGUGU